AUGAUAAGGGAAAAAGUUUGGCUCAAGAUGGAGCAAUUGUAAAAAAGGCAAAGAGAAGACAAGUUUUAAGUAACAACAUAAAACACAUGCUUUGUAGUUAAAGAGAAGAUUCCAGUAUCCAAUUCAAUAAAUUUUGGAUGAAAUCAUACAGGAUAAAAGUUUGAUCAUCGAUUUACUCUACAGCAAUCAUAAAUUGACUGAAAAAGCGUAUUAAUGACAUCUAUGUAGAUUAAACUAUGGAAUUAUUGAUUGUCUUCUCAGCAAUUGCAAUUCGAAUAAGGCAUGCCUCUAAUUAUUGGCCUUAAUUAUUUUGAGGUUUAUAAAUAUAGUUUAAAAUUAGAGAUAAGAAUAAGUUAGUUUAAGAAUACCUAUAAGAUAAAGAGAUCACUUGCUAAACAAUUAAGCAAUUAAUAUCUUUGAAUAGAGAUUGA